GGAGGCGGUGUGGAGCGUCCAAGAUGGCGGCGGGGCGGGUGUUUGCCUUCCGUGACGCGCGCUGGGCCCCGGACCCGGUGCUGGCGCCGAGCGCGGCCGUGCGCAGCCCGCAGCCGGUGCCGCUGGUGAUCGACAACGGCUCGUUCCAGACGCGGGCGGGCUGGGCCGCCGCCGACCCCUCGGUCCCCGCCGAGCCCCUGCUGCGGUUCCGCUCGCUGGCGGCGCGCAGCCGCGGGGCGCGCGGUGGGGCCGGCGCCGAGACGCAGGUGGGCAACGACCUGGGCAGCCCCGAGCCGCUGCGCUGGUUGCUCCGCUCGCCCUUCGACCGCAACGUGCCCGUGCAGCUAGAGCUGCAGGAGCUGCUCUUCGACCACGUCUUCCAGCGCCUGGGGGUCGCCUCGCAGGGUUGUGUUGAUCAUCCAAUAGUUUUGACGGAAGCGGUGUGCAAUCCUUUGUAUUCAAGGCAAAUGAUGUCAGAGCUCCUCUUCGAAUGCUAUCAAGUUCCUAAAGUGUCUUAUGGGGUGGAUAGUUUGUACAGCUUUUACCACAACAGGAGGCAGAACUGGCCUUGCAGUGGGUUGGUGAUAUCUUCAGGCUAUCAGUGUACGCAUAUUUUGCCAGUCCUAGAAGGGAGGUUGGAUGCUAAAAACUGCAAACGUAUCAAUCUUGGAGGGUGUCAGGCAGCUGUGUACCUGCAGCGCCUCCUCCAGCUGAAGUACCCUGGGCACUUUGCUGCCAUCACUCUCAGUCGCAUGGAGGAAAUACUUCAUGAGCAUAGCUACAUCGCGGAGGACUAUACAGAAGAACUACAGAAGUGGCGGUCACCAGAGUACUAUGAGAACAACGUGCACAAGAUGCAGCUGCCCUUCUCUAACAAACUCCUGGGGAGCACUCUGACAUCAGAGGAAAAGCAGGAGAGGCGGCAGCAGCAGUUACGGAGACUUCAAGAACUCAAUGCACGUCGUAGAGAAGAGAAGCUGCAGCUUGACCAGGAGAGGCUGGACAGGCUGCUGUACGUGCAGGAACUUCUGGAAGAUGGUCAGAUGGAUCAAUUCCACAAAGCUUUAGUGGAGCUGAACAUGGACUCUGCAGAAGAACUUCAGUCUUACAUCAACAAGUUAAGCCUGGCCAUUGAACAAACAAAACAAAAAAUCCUACAGGCAGAAGUCAAUAUUGAAGUGGAUGUUGUGGACAGCAAACCAGAGACCCCUGACUUGGAUCCACUAAGCAGUGAACAGUCACUGGAAGAUGUCGAAAGUAUUAAUGAGUUUGAACCUUUAUUUGCUGAGGAACAACCUGAAGCUGAGAAGCCUGUUGCUGCAGUACAGCCCGUGUUUAACCUGGCAGAAUACCACCAACUUUUUCUUGGCACUGAAAGAAUAAGGGCUCCAGAGAUCAUCUUCCAGCCCUCCCUUAUAGGAGAAGACCAAACUGGUAUAGCAGAAACGAUGCAAUAUGUUCUUGAAAGGUAUUCAAAAGAGCAGCAAGCUCUUCUUGUCCAGAAUGUUUUUCUCACUGGUGGAAAUGCAAUGUACCCUGGACUAAAAGCCAGAGUCCAGAAGGAACUCCUUGAAAUGAGGCCAUUCCAGUCAUCUUUUCAGGUUCAUCUUGCUUCCAGUCCCAUUUUAGAUGCCUGGCAUGGGGCUCGGGAUUGGGCAGUGGAACACAUGACCCGUGAGGAAGGUUGGAUUACCAGAAAAGACUAUGAAGAAAAAGGGGGAGAAUACCUCAAGGAGCACUGUGCCUCAAAUGUCUAUGUGCCCAUUCGCCUUCCAAAGCAGGCCCCACGGACUACAGAAGCAUUAGCACCCAGCAGGGCACUGGCAGCUGGUACAGGCAAUCCUUGUGAGCAGGCGUAGUAGUGAUGAACCUUUGUCACAGUCCCUCCCAUGGAGGGUCCCUAAGAUCUGCUCGGAGUGGAAACACCACGUCAGUGAGGAGCCCUGGAGACUAAACACAGGUCACAUGUCCCACGUCCCAGAUUUCUGCUUGGGCUGUGUGCAGGACUUGCUUUUGGUCUUCAAGGCUUCUUAUGUUUCCUGUGCCAUGACAACUUCAAACACAAACCGUUCUUUGCUAAAUCUCCUCUAGGACACCCACGUUAGAACUCUUUGCUCCGAUUAUUAAUCUCCAAAACAAUCAAUGUGCUGGGUAAGACAGCAGUUCAGAAGAAAGAGAAGAUGCCCGUGAACUGUCACUUAAAAUUUAGGAUUAUCCCUCCGGAGACAGCCUGCAAUGAUCAUGUCGCAGCCAGGCAUAAAGCAGAACUUCUGAAGCUUGUGUGGGAUGACAGACUGCUGUAAUGGAUUUAACGUUAUCCCCCCAAGUCAGAUGGUGGGAUUUCCACCCUGGUUCAACACGUCAGGCACAGAGCAGCUGCUCUGAGUGCCAUUAUUCACUCCCGCUGCCAGUCCUUGAGCACGAGCAUCAACAAAACUGCUGGGUCUUAAGUGGUUCAGACUGCAGCUUGCCGGCGUGGUUUGCCAAGAAUUCUCCACACUGCAUUUUGCUCUCUCUUUUCAGAUGCUCCGCUUCCCACGGUGAGCUGCUGCACACCUUUAACUCCACUUCUGAGCCCGGCCUUGGCUCUUAGGACAUCAAAGUGCCAUAGGUUUCUAUGUUUUCUGUUUUCUUUUUAAUUGCAUUGUUUCUUCUGCAUCCUUAGGGAUCUUCCCUUUUUUGAGCAGUGGGCUUGCUUUCCAUUUCCUAAGGCAGUAGAGACCAUAAUGAGAGUACUAGAUCGAGAGCCAGGAGGCCUGCCUUCAUUUUCAUCUCUAUUUACUCCUGACAAGCCAGUUUGUGCUUGUUUGCUUUGACCUUGCUUCUGUGCCUCGGCAUCUAUAACAGCAAAAUUAACCCAAGAGUCAUGCUGAUAGAGGCUGUUCACACUGUAUAACAGCUGCAGAAGACAGUAAGGGUGGUGGGAAGGCUGAAAAGGGGUUUGUGGGGAAGGAGGGAGGUCAGAUAAAACCCCGGGGAGUAUGUCCAUGUGUGCUUCAUGCUCGGAUGGGCCAGGUGCAGGUGGGAGUCUUGUAACCACUUGCUGCCUGAAGCUGAAUGGGGCAUGCAGCAGUGUAAGAACCACUCUGUACUUGUGUUCUUUUAUUUUUCAGCAAUUGCUGCUGGUCACUGUCAGAACAUGGAACAAACUGGGUUUAUGGUGUGACUCAGAAGCUUUUGGGCUCUCAGAAUCCCCAAUCUUGUGCAGGACAGGAUUUCUUUACCUGUUAAUUUAUUUCAGGAAUGAGGUGAAGAACAAAGUGUUUUCUCUCUUUAUCUGCCAGGAAAUAAAAUGGAUGGAAGUGAUGUGCUGGUGGGAAAAGCAUCUUCCGUGUUGUCAAUGAGAUUCCUUGUAGGCAUCCAGGCUCUUGCGUCCCCAGGAGCUGUGCUCAGGCUGUUAAACCAAGAGGAAGCUCAUCCCCAGGGGAAGCUCAGGGCACUGCUCUUGAUGGGUCUGGCUGAGCUUCACAGCAUGCAUGGAGGAUAGUGUGGCUUCGUUCAAACCCACUGAAUUCCAGAGAAGAGAGUCCUUUGGAAAGCAUCGAAGCUCCUUGUGAAGCUCCUUGUGCUCGGAAGAUGUGAGGUGAGAUACCUGAACUUUAUUUAUGCUAAUAAAGCAGGAAAUGGAGCCUGACUCACUGACACUUGUUCUGCAGCCUGACCUGCCAGGUGAGGAGCAGCCCUGCGGGUGCCCUGAAGGCUGGCAGCGACGCGCACUGCUCCCUGCACAGCUCCAGACAUAAUUCUGUGUGCUCUCUGUCUUUAUAAUCUCUUGUCAGCACUCCAGAGGCAAAAUACCUUUACAGUGUCCCCAGCUGUUCUAUAGGUUGUAUCCACAGUAACGUGGAUUCCACCACGGCUUUUUAGGUUCACAGAGGGUGUUACCAGGUAGAUUCCAUCUGCCAGCUCUGGCUUUGAGCAGUCAGUAAGCUUCUUGCAUAGCUCGUUGAGUAUUAGGAAAAGCAGCUCUGAUGGCUGAAUGUGGCAGGGCUGCUUUUUUGUGUCAUCUUUAAACUCAGUUUUAUGUCCCUUGGGUUGAACACGUGCAUUAGCAGGAUGCUCCUGGCUGGUGUUGUUUCUCAGCGCUGCGAAAUGCAUUUCCAGCCCCGACCCUUAGAUCACUAUAAUUUCAUUUUCCGUGCUGCAGCUUGGUUAAAAUAUACCCUACUCCUCCUCUCACCCCAGAUUCCUGCCACAUACCUGGCAUUCCUUCAUCUUAAUGAGAUGAGGGAGUGGGGGAUUUCACCCUCCUGGAAUUUUAGAGGAAUAUUAAGUGGAUUUCUCAUGAAAAGUCCCAUUUAGGAUAUAAAUCUCUCCAGAAGAUAGCCUUGCGUGGCAAACCUUGCUUUUGCUAGUAGUGGCAAACAGUUUGUAGCUCCUUGUUCAAUCCCUGCUUUCUGCUUGGGCUGCGGUGCAGCUAUUGCUGUGAUGGAGAGAGCUCCUGGGUGGAGGCUGAGCUCUUAUCUGUUUGUGUAGGCAGGGCACCGGGCACCUCCUGCUGCUGGCACUCGGCCUUCCUGCUGGGUGCUGCGAUCUGCCCAAACUCUACAUUGCUUUAUUUUGCUUUGUCUACGUGGAAAAUGUUCACCGUCAAGUGAAAAUAGUUUUGUUCCAGGCUCAGCCAUGUAUUUACUCUGUAGAUCAUGGAGCUGCGUUGGACCGGUUUCCUGCAGUCCGGUCCUGGUGCUGACCCGGGGGGUGUUGGGGCGGUGGUGUCCCACGGCAGCACACUGUGAUUGUCACAGCGCUCGCUGAUGGUGGCCUUGCUGAGGCUGCUGUGCCGCAGCCACCUGGGAACGCUCAGUCCGUGCUGCAGGGAGGCUCCACGUGUGUACACACAGCAGUGGCAGUGGUGCCAGCUGCCCGGAGCGGUUUCAGGACUGUCCUGGAGCACUUGCAUCCCUGUAGGAGAUGGAGCAGCGUGUGUGCAACAGGAAGAGGAGGCUGCCGAUAAUGACAGCCGGCUGACGCCGGGGUAAGCAGCGAGGCAUGGAAAUGCGGUGUGCCCAGAGCUGUCUGCAUGGGAUCCAGCACCAUCGCGGGGCUCUGCCCUUUCCCACAUGUCAGACAGGAUGGAUUAAGGAAUACAAAUCACAGAGCUCUGCACGCAGGUGGAUGUUGGAGUGGCAGCACCACGCUGCGCUGUGAGCUUCUGCCCUGGAGCUGCUGUGAAUGCGCUGCAGUCCGUGAGGACGCUGCUGCGAUCAGCCCCGUGCUGUGCUGCUCCGGGAGCGGCUGUUGUGGAGCCCUGCGGGCUGUGAGGGCCGUGGCUGCUUUCAUCCCGCUGCACGUGGGGGGGCGGCCGCGGGUGUCCUGUGCGGGAGGAACGGGGAGAGGAAAGCUUUGAUUCCCGGCGAUGGACACCGCGGUGCUCGGGAUGGAAGGAAUCGGGGCCGGGGGCUCCUGCUUUUGCUUUUAUCCUUUGUGACUGGGACUUCUUGUUGUGGGAACGGCUGUGACCUCUCCUCUGGCUUUGUUUGUGCUCCCCGGCCGACAUUGUUCACAGCGGCUUUGAUAUGCAGCUCGGAGGGGGGGGGCAGGAAGAGCUGAGCCUGCUGCCCACCGCACACUGCGGCCUGGCAGGGGGUGCCCCUGAGCUCAGAUGGAUCUCCCCGUACCCCAGGGAGGACAGCUGAGCCCCGUGCCAUCAUGGGCUGUCCCCGAAGUGAUGAGUUGUGCCCGGCGUCUGCCUCUUGGUGUGAUUUUCUAGGAAAGGAGAGCCGGGAGGCUGCAGAGCUGCUGUGCUGUGCUGUGCUGUGCUGUGCUCAGGGCGUGGGGUCACUGCUGGAGGUGGGAGAUGCCCACGGCGUGCAGUCCACGAUGGCCUGCGGGCAGCAAGGCAGCCCUGUCAGGGACAGCUCACACUCACGAUUGCUGUUCUCUGGGGUACGUUGUGAAAACCCCAAUGAGUUUUGUUUUUCCACGGCACAGCAGGCUCCCCAGGCAUCAGAGAAGACAAUUCCCAGAAGCUGUAAAACCCUCCACUUGUUUACACAACUCAACGUGCACUUUAUAAUAUUGUGUCACCCUUCAACCUCCUCUGCUGUUGUUUUAUGUGCUGGAAUCUGAAAUGCGUGUAAGCCCUGGUGACGCUGUAUGCCUUACACAAGCUCGAGAUGCUUUUAAUUGCAAAUUCGGCGCUGUUUCUAUGAGCAGUUGACAACUCAAUCACAGGAGCCAGCUGUCAGGAAGAAGAGCUCUUAUCAGGUAUCAAACGCAGCCCUACGGUCAGAGACAGGAGCUCAGGGCAGGGGUUUGAUUCAGGCCCUGGGCUUUGUGGGAUGGGUCUGUUACGUUGUGCCCACUUCAAGCUAAGCUCUGCCUUGCAGGUGCUUUCCAGCAUGGCAGAGUACCCGAACCUCUCUACGCUGUAAGAAGUGGAUAUUAUAAAAGCAAAACCGAGCAAACCCAAACAAACAAAAUCCCAGAAUACCACUGCUCUGACUGCAGUAUUUUGCACCCCCAGAGCCCACUGCAAGCACAUCUCAGCAGGCACACCAACCCUCGUUCUAUUUUUCUCCUUUCCAGAAGGGUGUCGGAGCCGCCCCACCUCCUGAAUUGGAGGAAGUCUUUUCCUGAAGUGUGCACAGAAAGGCUCCAGGUUUCUGGCUCAGGAAGUCGCUCCUCCAGCCUGGGGCGGGCGCAGACACCCCUGUCAGGCCCAUGGAAUCCCAGCGAGUGAAGUCCUGCCAGGAGCAGUGCGUUCGGUUGCUCCCGCUCUGUUUUUUCUUCCCAUGCUGUGCCAGAGGACGAGCAGCCGGGGUCCUCCUUCCUAUUCAGAGAAGGUGCCGUGGCUUAAAUCUAGGCUGAAAACAAACAUACAUCUAGUUUUGUUCCUUAGGCAUCCUAAAGACUUUCCCACAAAUAAGGCAAAAUGUGUACAUUUUAAAGCGCUCUGCUCCUUGGGAUUCGUGUUUCUACUUGAAAAUGAAAAGCUUGUAAUUCUCUAAAUGUGGCAUCAGCUGCUUCUGAGAUGUAUAAUUUAAGCACUUUGAAUGUAAGCGCGUGCCUUUAAUGCCAUAAUUUCUUAAUACCACUGCCACAACUGUUAAAACAUAUAUGUAAUUUGAUUAUAGCUUUAUGCUAAAUGCAGAACCAUAAUGAA